UUGGGUAGUAAACGUUAACCGCCAAAACUAUACAGUAUCGGCCAAUGGAAUAACGCCAUUCUACAAAUAACGCGCCAUAUCCGUUCAAGAUGGCCGACAAAACUAUGCCUAUUUUUGUUCCAUCUGAAAAACCCGUAAAAGUUGUUAAGUGGAAAGUAAAACAAGGUGUUUUUGUGUCGCAAGGACAAAUAUUAUUUUUAUACAACGAUUCAUCGGGCCAAGGCACCGAUUUAAAGAAAUAUAAAGCUGGUCGUGCUGGUACUAUCUCAUCGAUCAAGGUGAAGGAAGGAGACAUUGCAGAGCCUGGUCAAGCUAUAGCAGAUCUAGAAGAAUGCCGGCAUCCUACCGUGAUGAAGGAGAUGUGUGCAGAAUGCGGGGCCGACUUGAGGACCGACGAGGUCACCAACAGGGACGUCGCCGUUGUGCCCAUGGUACACUCGGUACCUGAACUGAAGGUGUCAGAAGAACUAGCUCAAAAACUAGGUCGAGAAGAUGCUGACCGUCUUCUGAAAGAUAGAAAGCUAGUAUUGCUUGUGGAUUUAGAUCAGACAUUAGUUCACACUACUAAUGAUAACAUACCACCUAACUUGAAGGGAGUCCUGCACUUCUUUUUGCGAGGCCCGGGUUAUCCCGGCCGCUGGUGCCACACGCGGCUACGGCCUCGCACACAAGAGUUUCUUGAAAACGCUUCCAAGAUCUACGAACUUCACGUUUGUACGUUCGGAGCGCGGCAGUACGCUCACGCUGUCGCCGACUUAUUAGAUCCUGAAAAAAAGUAUUUCUCACAUAGGAUAUUGUCUAGAGAUGAGUGCUUCGAUGCUAGAACAAAGGCGGCGAACUUGAAAGCUUUGUUUCCGUGCGGUGACAACAUGGUGUGUAUAAUAGACGACCGCGAGGACGUGUGGCGACACGCAACCAAUCUAAUCCACGUCCGGCCUUACUCCUUCUUCCAGUCUACAGGAGAUAUUAAUGCUCCACCACCUCCUGUUGACGAGAAACCAAAAGAAAAAUUACCAACUGGCAAAAACGGCGCUCAAGUCAAUCAAAUGCCGACUUUAGAUGCCGAGCCCGAACAAAAAGACGCAUCAAAAAACAAAGAGAAUAAGGAGGAAGGUAGUAAUGGUAAAAUAGUAUCUAAGGAUGUGAAAAAGGAUAAUGCGGACGCUAAAGACAGUGAAGAGGCUGAUCAGGAGAGCGACGAGAGGAUAGCGCAGGACCCGGCCGAGCCGCAGUGGUUGGAAACCUCAGACGGACAGAUAGAAGUAGAGGACCCUGAUGACUACUUAAUUUAUCUCGACGAUAUACUUAAGAGAAUACAUAAGCACUUCUACGAGCAUUACGAUAAAAUGGGCAAGAAUCAAAUUCCUGACCUAAAGACAAUAAUACCAGAAGUGAAAAGUGAAGUAUUAGCUGGUACUAGUCUAGUAUUUAGUGGUUUAGUGCCCACGCACCAGCGGUUAGAGACUUCGAGGGCUUACCAAGUAGCAAGGAGUUUAGGAGCCGAAGUCACGCAAGAUUAUACUGAUAAGACUACACAUUUAGUGGCUGUGAGAGCUGGUACGGCGAAAGUGAACGCGAGUAGGCGAAUAAGCGAAGGCAAAGCGAACAAACUACAAGUUGUAACUCCCGAUUGGCUAUGGACGUGUGCAGAGCGGUGGGAAAGAGUCGACGAGAGACUGUACCCUUUACAAAGAGGUGGACAGAGCAGCUCGCGUCGCCCCCCGGCGCACUGCAGCAGCCCGCCGCCCGCGCCCGCCGCCGCGCGUCGCCGGACUCCCUCCGGACGGUUCAUGGACACCAUCAACCCACUGCUGUCCUUCUCCAGCGACGACAUCGCUGAUAUGGAUCGAGAGGUGGAAGAUAUAUUCAAUGAAUCUGACGAGAGUUCUUCGGAUGAGGAGAAGCCAGGUGAUGAUGACUUGGAUGACGAGGAGAACCCGCCUGAGGAUAGACUAAUAUCUGCCAGUGCUGAAAACAGCAUGCAGGACAGUAUACAGGAGAGGUUACAAGAUUCACAAGAAGCAGAGGCAACAAACGAUUCGGAAAUGGAUGAUGAACCCCGGCCCCGAAAGAGACCACGGACGUCGUCACCACCAUCAGAGGAAGAACCACCAGAUGACGACGAUAGUUCAUGGAACCUUAUGGGCGCGGCACUCGAGAAGGAACUGCUGGCACAGGACUGAUGUUCACCAAUACAAGCAAUCUUAACAAAUUAUGGAGCCUAUGGCUUAAAAUAAAUGCUCUUUUCUUUAGUAA